AAACAGAGUGAUGAAGAUUCAAAUUUCAUGUCGAAAUCCACAAGUCGAAACAAGCCAGAAAAGGGAAAGAACAUCAAUGCAUCUUUCAUCGUUCAAGACGUGAUCCCUGGAAAAGCUUCAGAAUCAGAAUGGUCAGCAUGAAAUUAUUCGUUAUCUGUUCAGGAAUGAGUUGAUUGAAGAUGAUUUUGCUGAAAAGACAUGUUUUGAUAUCACCAAAGAUAUAGUUGAUGAAACACUCAGUGCUAUAUUCCAGAUAUAUUUAAAGGACCAAUUAAUACCUUUUACAGUUCAUCAAGCAUCUCUGUGCCUCAUGCAAUACAUUGACUUGGAAUUCAUGUCCUGCGAUCAAGGAGAGCCUUAUAUUAAUCUUAAUCCAGAGUGGUUCGAAGAUGAACUUGCUGAAUCAAGUAGAAUAGAUUCAUGGGCUCAAGGAGCGAUUUCCAAGACUUCUUAUGCAAAGAUUUCAGACAAUCUACAACCCCAAAAUAAUCAUCAGGUUUUACAAAGGCUUCAAAAUAGUCUUAUCCUCAGAAAUGAAGAUGUCAGUGACAAUAAAGCUAUUCGUAAGGAGCAUAUUGUUGAUAUGUCCCAUAGUGAAAAUCUCCACCAAAUAUCUAUUCGACAGAAGAAGCCUAAAAAGCUGAAAAACGAUUUUAAAGACGAUCACACCCGUAUGCCUACCGAUCGAGGAGAUUCCAUCCCUCAACUAACUAAACAGUUGAAAGAUUCUACAUGGAAAACAUCUAUAGAAAAUGUUUCAAUGGAAAAUAUCUCAGUUAAAAACGACAAUACCAGUAAAGAAUAUAGUCUAACUAGAAAGAAACCAAUGAAACCACUCAUCAAACCACUGCCUGAAACUAUGCUACAAAACAAACGAAUCAAUGGAUCUGGAAAACUAGUUUUCGACGAUGAAGGAAAUCUACUCAGUGUACCUAAAUUAUAUCCAGUCAAUAAGAGGCAAGAUGAAUCAUUCACGACUGAUUCACAUUCAAAUGAAAGUGAUAAUAAUAUUUUGGGAAAUAAAAUUCCAAUUCAAUGGCGUUUUGUAUCAGAGUCAUACUGUAACAGUGCAAAUAACAAUCAGUUUGGCAUAAAAAUGAAUAGUAAAUUAAGAACAGCCAGAUCGUCCAUAUUGAAUUUUUCAAAUAAAGUGAGAACAAGAAAUCGUAGUUUAGAUUUAACUGGUGCCACAGUUACACCUGAUGUAAUACGUCUACAAAAAAUUAAGAAUGCGUGUAUCAAUUUGCCAAAUACCAUUGAUCUGGUUGAUUUAGUGGCUGGAGUGACAAUAUCUGAUGGGGAACAUUUAAAAAUUGGUCAGUUAACGAAUGAACAGUUCAUGUCUAUUCUGAAUACAAACUGGAAUAAUCUCGACGAAAUUCCACCAGUUAAAGCGAAUUAAUCUAAUCAAACACAAUGAUUUAUAAUCUCAAAGUGUUUGUUCACAUGGAUCAUUUACAUUUAAGACAAAAAUCGUCUCUUUUCUUUUUACAUGAAACUGUGUUUUAAAACAAAAAAAAUAAUCACCAUUACACAUUGAUAUAUUCAAUUGAA